CCUUCAAUCAAGAGGUAGGGCGCACACUAUAAAACACGCUUGCAAAUUCCAGGCAACAAUGCACUUCCUCCUGUUUAAUAUCCUAAUCGCAGUAACCGAGCUGAGAAAAAAUGUCCGGUCGUGGCAAGAAAGUUGCUGCUGUUACGGCCAAGACUACCAGGUCCCGCUCCUCUCGUGCUGGUCUACAAUUCCCUGUCAGUCGAAUCGCUCGCUUGCUGCACAAAGGCAACUAUGCACCGCGUAUUGGAAGCGGGGCGUCUGUCUACCUGAGUGCCGUCAUCGAGUACCUGUGUGCGGAGGUGUUGGAGUUAGCUGGGAACGCCUGUAAGGAUAACCGAAAAAAGCGUAUCGGUCCACGUCACAUCCAGCUUGCUGUUAGAAACGACGAGGAGCUCAACGCCCUACUUGGAGGGGUGACCAUCUCUGAGGGCGGUGUACUUCCGAACAUACACACUCAGCUGCUACCCAAGAAGAUCGUGAGGGUUGACACAAGCAAAUAUGUUAAUUCCCAAGAGUUUUAACUUACUGUCGUUGUAUGUUUUACGCACUUGUUUUGUCUUUUAAUAAAAACUUUUUAUAUAUAUA